AUUUUUUUAAAACAGUAUUCUCUAAACGAAAAUGAAUGUUUAGGCGAGUGGGAAUUAGUGACGCAGCUGAAGUUUGGAACACAUGCGUAAGUUUAUGUAAACUUCAUUCAACCCACUGACGAGUACCAAUGGCUGAGACAGCAACUUUGACUGAUUCUAGAUGCUUCUUCUUCCUGUACGAUAGUUCAAAGGUGCAAGAGGAGGUUGACCUGACUAGAGAUGGGAUUUACUACUUCUCUCCUGAGGAUACACCAAUAGACCAACAAGAGCUGCUUUGUGGCCAGCUGGCCGGUGUGUGUCGUUGUGUAUCUGAGCUGUCCUCAUCUCCUGUACAUCUGCUUCACCUGCGCAAAAGCAAAUAUGCAGUCCGCAUGAAGGAUAAAUUUCUUUGGGCAUUAAGCUGUGUGGUUGACAUUCCUGAUGUGAGUGUGUGUGACUUACUUGAUCAGCUGAUUGCCCUCUUCUGUUUCUACAAUGGACCAGUGCGUCAGAGCUACCAGUUGUACAGUAAACAGGAGUUGGCUCUACGAUGGGCUAGAUAUCUCUGUCACCUGCAGGGCGGCUCCACUGAGCUGCACCACAUCUUCAGCUGCUUGAGGACCAUUGACUCCACGCAUAUUGAUCCUCUGCUGCUGCUGAAGGCUGCUCUCAUUCUUCAGGCAUGUCAGCGAUGUCCUCUGGUCUUGGCAGGCUGUAUCCUCUACAGGGGCAGGGUGGUUAGUACUCAGAUGCCGCCUGCGCUGACAGUGAAGGUGAUGGUGUAUGAGACGCAAACAUACAGCCAGGAUUUUCAGGUGACGGCCAAUGGCCUGAGCUCAUUGGUGGGCUCACCGUUCUCUUCCACAGCUACCACACAGGUGUUCCUGAUGCCCACUGAACUGCACAUGCUCCGCUGCCCCCCAGUGGAUAGAGCAUGCAGGUCUCACUGCAAUCAACCUCCCUGCCAACCCAGCAGGUCCCGCCUCUUGUCGCGCACUUUAUCUGACACCCCAACCACAGAUACUGACUCUUCAAGCUUAGACCCCACACAUUGUCCCCCACCAUCAUAUAAGACAGUGCCAUCUUCUCCUCGCUCCUCACUCUCUGAUGAACUGUGUUUCAGCCCUUCUCCCUCACGGGUUAACACUCCCAUUCAUUCCAAUCUCAUGAACCAAUCAGAGUAUUUCACUCCUGACUCACAUGUCCACAGCACUUCUAACGGGACUAACUUGUGUGCGGUGGAAGAACACUUGGCAGGCCUGAACAUAAAGCAGGAUAUAGAUGCAAACUCGGGGUCAGAAACCAAAAGCAACGGUUUAAAUUCAGAUCAGGACAUUCAGAGUGAAGAAAUCAAGGCCCCCGCCAAUGGGUAUGAGCAGUCGAACUGUCUUGACAACCAUUCUGACCUUGACAGUCAGAUUAAAAGUGAAGAAAAUAAACUGGAUGCUAACAAUCAUGUGACCAAUAAAAAUGGAAACGGAGAAACAGAGGAAGAGGCAAAAACAAAGAGCAAGCAAAUCAAUAGGAAACUCAAGGAGAAAAAUGAACCCACAAACACCCCCUCACCACAUGAGACCCUUGCAGACACCUCUCUAGUGCCAUUGGUAUUAUACCAGCAUAGAGUCAAAGGUUUGGUGUUGGCCCUGCUAGUGGAGCCUGAGUUCAUCACAGACCAUUCCGCCAGAGAGGAAGUGCAUCACAGCAGCUUGGCAUCAUUAAAUGGGCUUGAGGCUCACUUGAGAAAUACCUCACCUGGGACACCAGGCCCACCUGGGCCCUACACCUUUGCUCACUAUGACUGCAUUCAAAACACUCUGACUACUAAUGUAUGUGGGCGCUCCGUUGGACCCCAGGAUCAGGCCUUUGUGAAGGCCACUAAGCUGGUCCAUUCACAUUUCUCACGCUUAGACACACUACAGGAGGCUAUUGUCAGGAAUGCUAGCUCGGCAGUGUAUGGAACCCGUACCACGGCCCAGGAGACAUAUUUUCUCCAGCAGGGAACACCUGUCAGAAACUCUGGAAGUCCUGAUCCUCAGGAUAGUGCCUUCUCACUACCCAGAAAAGCCCGUCUGCGGCUCCUUAAACAUGGAGUUAACCUCCUUUAGCUGGGCUCUUUUUUUGUAAAGAUUUUAAUUCUUGUUAUAUCUCUUUCAUUUCAUAGAUAUUCACCAUAUUUAUAUGUCUCUCGUACUACCCAGAAUGUAAUUAAGGCUUUUUUGUUUUAUAUAAUAGGCUGCUGUUCGUUCAUUUAGUAAUUAAAAGUAGAGGCUGAAAUUGAUACUGUCAUUCCAAGUAAUACUAAAAUAUAUAAGAAGUGUCUCCAUCCUGCGAGACGGAUUCUGCUGUAGCCCUUUGCUGUUUCAGAGGAAUAGACAACUGAGGCUGAGACCAUUCAGUGUUACUGUUAAAGGUAGAUGUGUAUAGCUGUUGAAACUGCCACCUUUUUUAAAUGGAACAAAUUUGUACUUGAGUGUUAAUAAAUGUCCUUUAGUAAA